GAAUAACAAUUGGGCAGUACACGGCCAAAUUUGAUCAUAUAAAUAGACAGGACAAACUUAUGUUCAUCAAUAGUCUAUUGCUUAGUUUCCAAGACAACUUCUAGCUCCAUAAGUUUUUAAACUACAUUUGCAAAAUCAAUCCAAGUCCAAAAUGAAAUUCCAGGGAUCUGUAGCUCUUUUAACCAUUGCAAUGUGCAUGCUAUCUACAUACGCUGCAGAACAGACAAAACCAUCUGUUGAUCAAUCAUCUCCUCCAGCCACACAAAAUGACCGAAGUAAACGAGGACUUUACGCACCUUACUACACUUCUCCGUACUAUACUUCUCCAUAUUUAGCAUCCCCUUAUACUGCACCCUACGUUGCUGCACCUUAUGCUGCUUCUUAUGUUGCUUCCCCAUAUGUUUCUCCAUAUGUUGCAUCACCUUAUGUAUCUACAUAUGGAGCAUAUCCUUAUGCCUACUAUCCAUAAUCUACAUUUUUUUUUUUAUUAAAUCUGAUGUAUAGAAUAAAUUUCCAUAAACAUAAAUAUCAUAAACAUGUAAAAAUAUUUCUUUCAUAUUGUAUUUUAAAAUACGUCUAUAUAUAAUAAAAAAAUGUGUACAAACA